UAGCUUGGGUGUCAGCCAUCUUUGGAAGGAGAAAUGGGGAGGGGAAUAACAUUGGAAGUUCUAAAGUGAUUUUGACCUGAAGUAUUUGAAAGAAGUUAUAAAGAUGUACAUUAAGCCCAAGGGGAUAUAUAGCCACUGACAGACAGAUGCUAGAAGUACAGAGUAUCAAGCUAAGGGACACUAUAGAACAGAAUAAAGGCAUUGAGGAGUAAUUGUAUGGUGUAGCCCACCAAAACCUGGAAUUGCUGCUCCUAGCUCGGCAUUUGUCACCAGGGAGCAGCACAGCAAAAGCAGUUUCAUAGAGGACAGCACUGAACAACUGAAUUGUUGCUAGAAGGCAGCAUUGAACAACAGAACAGUCACUAGAGGUCAGCAGGUGUAGUGAAGUAGCAUCAUGGCGUCUGGAGGGGAGGAGGGAGACGCUGUAGGAAAGCAGUCAGAAGAUGAGGACAAACCCCAGGAUACCACACAAGCAAGUGAUGGAAAGCAAGAGGGGAAGAAGAGAAAGUUUAAGCCUUUGAAGGCCAUGAGGCGUUUCUUCAUGGGCCGUAAACGCAGUAAGACGUCAGAUGACCAGGCUGUCAGCAUAGUUGCUGUACGCUCUGCUAAAUCCACAAGUGAACUGUUACAUGUAAAAGCAGGAGAAGAAAGACCCGUUACCUUGGCAGGUAAUCUGAGUCUGUCGGCAGACAGUAUCUUCUCUCCAGACCAGAAGAAAACCAGUGAGGUCAGAGACCUGAAGGAAGCAGCAUUGUCUUUAGAGGCUUUAAAUACUCAGGCAAUCAAUCUCAAGAGAACUGGGCACUCUACAAGUCGUAGAAGCUUGGGAAGCAUGGACAGCUCGGAGGACGAUAUAGAGGAAUUUUACCAUCUUCCCAAGCCUGCUUUUAGUCCUGCCAAAAAGGAAAGCAGUGAGGAUGGCAUUCAAGCCAAAGAUGUAGACUUAGAUGCAGUAAAGCAGACAUCAGCUCUUGGUAAUGUGGCUGCCAGACACAAGAUGGCCAUCAGACCUAAGUCAAGGCGAGCUUCAUCCCAGUUCCGCAGCCCACAGAAAAGCGAGCCUCGACCUGCCACGCCUGUGCUGCCCAGUGUGAAUGAAGAGCCACCCCCAAAAUCUAGUCCAAAAAGAGAACAUAAAGAAGAAAAGAAAACUGCCAAGAAGUUUAAAGAUGAGACUGAUUCAAAGGAAAAACAAGACAAGGAAAAAGACAGAGUGGUUGCCAUGGAAACAGUACCAGUGAUCAGCAUAACUGCAGCUUCACCCGAGUCCGUCUUUGAGAGAUCUACCGAAGAAUCAAAGGUGUCUACAGAGACAAAACCAGUUGUUGAGCAACCCGAAGCAAAACAGGCAGCAAAAAAGGAAGAAGAAAACAUGGAAACUGAUGACGUUGUCUUGCCCAAACCAGCUUCAUCUGUAGUAGGUGGUGGAAUCCUUCUUCAGGAUGCAAAGCCGCCACCCCCUUUGUUGCUUGGCCAGGCUGACAACUAUGUGCAAGACCAUGAAGCAGUUGAGGAGAGUUUGAAGAAUGAAAAAGAAACUGUGACCACACAGGUGAAUCAUGGAGACAGUGAAGAUAUCGACCAUGCAAAGAAAGAAACCUGUGAAGAUGAAAAAGAGCAGCCAAUGGAGAUUGAAAUUGUGGAAACAAUACAGCCUGAGAAGACUGAGAGAGACAUUGUAAUUGAGCCAGCUGCCGUUGAGGUGGAAGUCGUGGAAUUAAAAACACCCGACAUCACUGAGAAAACAGAAGCUCCCCAGCCAAAAGAGAGGUCUCCUAGAGGCAGCAUGAGGGCUCCAUAUGAUAAUGUUGUAAUCAUUCCGAGAGAGAAGGACAAGGAGGAAUCUCAGCCUGACAAAUCACCUGCACGCAGACGCUUCCAGGACAGGCGUAGUAGGACUGUCCCCACCUCAAAUACUCAGUCUGAGGAGAUCACUAAGGCUCUAGGCAAGCGCCAGAGCAUGCAUGAGGAAGAAGAAGAACAAGAGAAAGACUCCAAACAGCCAUCGCCUAAACCCUUGGAGCGCUUUGCCCACCUGAAAAAGAAAAGCCCCUCAGAACCCACUAAGUCAGUCGUUGUGAUCAAGCAUGCCAAGGCUGUGGUGACACCUGGUAUGGUUAGCAGCCCAGAACAGACUCCAGAGGGAAGCACUGCUGAGCCAGAAAAGGCUCCUCCAAAGAUCUCUGCCUCCCAGUCUGUGUCAGUCAAGCCUCCUACUCCUUCAGUGAAGCCUGGUCGACACACUGUGCAAGAGAAGGUGGACACAGCUAACACAGACCCACCCUGGGUUGCCAUGGCAAAGAAGCGAGAGAAACUCCGGCAACAACAGCAGCAGCAACAAGAUGGUAGCAGUGAUGGACAGACGACGUCUCUGGGAGAUGGGAAGGCUGAGGAAGACCCUGACACUUCAAAGGAUGCAGAUGAAAAGCCUCAACCUGUCAGUUUUAGACACUCACUGAAACAGUGGCAAGGAAAGACUGUGGGCUCUGAGCACGAGAAACCUGCAGCAAAAUCGUCUUUUAAGAGAGAAACAUCACCUGUCAAACAACCUAGUCAGAAAGAUGCUACUCAACCAGAGUUUGGUGUAGCAAAGCAGCCAGAACUAACCAAAACAUCCCCAUUCAAACAGUCAUUGAACAAAACUAGGUCUAGUAGUCUAACUGAAGAAAAGCCAGAGUUAGCAAGGGCUUCACCUUUCAAACAAUCCUUGAACAAAACAAAGUCUACAAAUGAAACUGAGUCAAAACCAGAAAUCACAAGAGCUUCGCCAUUCAAACAAUCCUUCAGUAAAACUAAAUCCAACCCUGAAGUUGAAGAAAAACCAGACUCUGAAGCAAAGACUCCUCUCCUAGUCACACUAAAGCAAACAGAACCCAGAGGAAAAACCAUAUUCACCAGUUCAACUGGGGAAACUCCACCGACAACAGAAUCUAAACCUGAACCCAAAAAGGUGGUUUCACCAUUCAAGGUAUCUGUGAAAACAACAGCUGGGGUCACAUCUCCAGCAAGGCAGUCCUCCGUGAAACAGGACUCUGAGAAAGAAAACAAAGACCAACCAGAAGAGCGGAAAUUUGGGUCACCUUUGCGCAGGUCUUUGAAACAAGAUUCGGGACCAGCUCCUAGCAAGCCAGCUAAGCCAGAUGUCAUUUUAAGAGGAAAGCCUGCAGAGCCAGUCAUCAAUAUUGAAAUUAUUGAGAAAACUCCUCCAAAACCAAAACUGGCCCCUGUAUCAUCAACCAAACCUAGCAGUGACACCACACCACCAGAGAAAUGUAGCGAGUCUGCAGCUGUGUCCAGAAAAUCCCGGGUCUUGGAUCUUGUCAAGAACUUUCAGAAGUUAGAAGUCACAUAAGACUGCAAGGCAACCAGAUAGGAUGUUAUGUUGAAGGCAUGGUGUAAAGAUUGUGGUAAAAUCUAUGAAAUAUGAAAUCUGGUCACCAGCUUUUAAAUAGUUUAAAUAUGAGCCUGUGCCUGCUUGUUUUUGAAACUGUGAGUAGCUUGUGACAUAAGGGAUUACUAAAUAUGAUUUUUGAGUCUGUAACUCCCAGAGGAUGAAGGUGAAUUUGGUUAAACUUCUGAGACUCUGAGGGGAAAUUGUCAAGUUCUUGAUUAAUAUAAAGUUGAGUGAUUAGUAUGAAGUUGAUUGGGUUUCAUUUACUGCAUUGCCUCAAGACUGCUAACCUGGCUGGAUCCAAAUGUGGCCAUCGUUAUAUUUGAAAGCAUGACCAUCUUUGAGUUGUAUUAUGUAAAAAUGCUGCAAGGCAAGACAUAUCCGAGGCAGUACAACUGUGGAAUAUGCUCAUGUUUAGAUAAUGCUAUUUCUUGUCCGUCAAAAGGAGUUUGUAUCACAGUGUGCCUCAGACUCCAUGAUAACAGAUGUUAAUGGUAAUUAGCAGUCUCAUCUGAAGUUCUACAAAGGACAACUGUCACAUAUUCAUUAAAGGUGUUAUUAAUAUUUUUUCUGGAGCUUGUAUUGAGUGGAACGGA